AUGGGCGCCGACUUUUCAGAAAAACCUGAUCGCAGGUCGACGGGUGCGUCGAGCCAUGGCGAUUCCACCUCCGAGCACGAUUCUACGAGAAAAGAGAAAGCAGAAACCUCUCGACUCUCCUCCGAUCGAAAGGCCCAAUCCAUUGCGAAAGCAGAUUCACACGUUGUACAGGUCAAGGAUAAGGGGGAAGACGAUAUCUACGCACAUCUGCCACCAGCAGAGGCACAGAUUCUCAAGAACCAGGUCGAACUCCCAGUUGUAAAAGCUGGUGUCAAAAUCCUAUAUCGAUAUGCAACAGUCAACGAUUACUUGAUCAUCGCCAUCAGCGCAAUAUGCUCUAUCGCUGCAGGUGCUGCGCUUCCAUUGAUGACCAUUAUCUUUGGUAAUUUGGCUGGAGAAUUCAAUAGCUACUUCGCAGGUACAACCAGCAGAGCCGAUUUCAACGACACAAUCAACCAUAUGGUCUUAUAUUUCAUCUACAUUGGAAUCGCGGAAUUCGUCACCAUCUACGUCUCCACGGUCGGUUUCAUCUACACAGGAGAACACAUCAGCGGGAAGAUCAGAUGGCACUACCUCGAGGCAUGCCUGAGACAAAAUAUUGGCUUCUUUGAUAAACUCGGAUCCGGAGAAAUCACUACCAGAAUCACGGCAGACACAAAUCUCGUACAAGAUGGUAUCUCGGAGAAAGUUGGGUUGACUCUCAAUGCGGUGGCAACCUUCGUCACUGCCUUUGUCAUUGGAUUCAUCAAGUCAUGGAAACUCACAUUAAUUCUGAGCUCGACAGUUGUCGCCAUCACAGUAUCUAUGGGACUUGGAUCUACUUUCAUUGUAAAAUACAGCAAACAGUCUCUCGGAUCAUAUGCUCUGGGAGGAUCCAUUGCAGAAGAAGUCAUUUCCUCCAUUCGAAAUGCCGUGGCAUUUGGCACACAAGAUAAGCUAGCUCGACAAUAUGAUGUGCAUCUGGCCAAGGCAGAGAAAUAUGGUCACAGAGUCAAGUUCGUAUUGGCAAUCAUGAUUGGUGGCAUGUUCUGCGUCAUCUACCUAAACUACGGCCUGGCCUUCUGGAUGGGAAGUAGAUUCCUGGUCAACAACGAAAUUACGCUAAGCGCAAUUCUCACCAUUUUGAUGUCUAUCAUGAUAGGAGCUUUCGCGUUUGGAAACGUCGCGCCCAACGCCCAAGCAUUCACAACAGCUAUAUCCGCUGCUGCCAAAAUCUACAACACAAUUGACCGAGUUUCACCAUUAGACCCAACUUCCGAAAAAGGAGAAAUCAUUCCCGAGGUAAAAGGCACAAUCGAGCUAAGAAAUAUCAAGCAUAUCUAUCCUUCCAGACCAGAAGUCACUGUUAUGCAAGAUGUCAGCUUGGUGAUUCCUGCAGGAAAGAAGACUGCUUUGGUUGGUGCUUCUGGAUCUGGAAAAUCGACUAUUGUAGGCUUGGUCGAGCGAUUCUACGAUCCAGUCGGAGGUCAGGUAUUCCUUGAUGGAAAAGAUGUCAGCACACUGAACCUGAGAUGGUUGCGACAACAAAUCUCCUUGGUCAGUCAGGAGCCGACACUUUUCGGUACCACAAUCUACGAAAACAUUCGACACGGUCUCAUUGGAACAAAACAUGAAAAUGAAAGCGCAGACCAGCAGAAAGAGCUCGUCUUGGAAGCAGCCAAGAUGGCCAAUGCACACGACUUUAUCACCGCCUUGCCCGAGAAAUACGAGACGAAUGUGGGAGAGCGUGGUUUCUUAUUAUCUGGUGGUCAGAAGCAGCGAAUCGCAAUUGCUAGAGCUAUGGUCAGCAAUCCUAAAAUCUUACUGCUCGACGAAGCAACAUCCGCCCUGGAUACCAAAUCCGAAGGAGUUGUACAAGCAGCUUUGGAAGUCGCGGCGGCUGGACGUACUACAAUCACAAUCGCCCAUCGCCUGUCGACAAUCAAGGACGCUGAUAAUAUCGUGGUUAUGACACAAGGCAGAAUUGUCGAGCAAGGUACACAUAAUGAGCUUCUCGCCACCAGGGGUGCCUAUUACAGUCUCAUCGAGGCACAAAAAAUCGCCGCCAAGGAAGAAAUGAGCGCUGAAGAAGAGGCCGAAAUCGACCACGAGGACGACAAGCUUGUCCGCAAAAUGACUAGCAAAAGUGGAGAUUUCAUGGAAGAUCCCGAUGACAAGAACAUUGCCAACAAGCUCAACCGCACUCAGUCCGAGAAAUCUCAAUCCUCCGUAGCUAUGCAAGGUCGAUCUGAGAACAAGAUACCAGAACCCUCCUUGUGGACCUUGAUCAAACUUAUCGCAUCCUUCAAUAAAAAGGAAAUGUGGUGGAUGUUGCUCGGACUUUCCUUUUCCAUCAUCUGCGGUGGAGGAAACCCGGUUCAAGCUGUCUUUUUCGCGAAAGAGAUUAUUUCACUGUCAUAUCCACUUACUGACCCGAGGACUGGUGCUGAAAUUCCAGGUGCCGCCCAUAAGAUUCGCUCAGAUGUCAACUUCUGGUCUCUGAUGUACCUUAUGCUUGCGAUUGUCCAACUCAUCGCAUACUGUGGUCAAGGUUUAGCAUUCGCAUUCUGUUCUGAGAAGCUCAUCCAUCGAGUCAGAGACCGAGCCUUCAGGACCAUGCUUCGCCAAGAUAUUGCGUUCUUCGACAAGGAUGAAAACACAGCAGGAGCUCUUACUUCCUUCCUCAGCACACAAACUACACACGUUUCCGGUCUGUCAGGAGUAACGCUUGGUACGCUUUUGAGUGUCAUCACCACUCUUGUUGCUGCCAUUGCUGUCAGCACUGCAAUUGCUUGGAAAUUAGCUCUUGUUUGUGUUGCCACCAUCCCCGUCCUUCUUGGAUGUGGUUUCUUCCGAUUCUGGCUGCUCGCACAAUUCCAACAGCGCGCCAAGAAGUCAUAUGAGAAGAGUGCUAGUUUUGCUUGUGAAGCGACAAGUGCUAUUCGUACUGUGGCUUCGCUCACAAGAGAAAAUGAUGUCUUGCAACAAUAUGUUGACUCCCUUGAAGCUCAAGAAAAGCGAAGUCUCAAUUCUGUCUUGAAGUCAUCCCUGCUAUAUGCAGCUUCACAAUCUUUGAUGUUUGCCUGUGUUGCAUUGGGUUUCUGGUAUGGUGGUAACCGCAUUGCUGAUCACGAAUACUCGAUGUUUCAAUUCUUCGUCUGCUUUUCGGCCGUCAUCUUUGGUGCUCAGUCUGCUGGUACCAUCUUCUCGUUUGCACCCGACAUGGGUAAAGCCAAACAAGCAGCAGCUGAGCUUAAGAUUCUUUUCGACCGCCAACCAACCAUUGACACUUGGUCCGAAGAUGGAGCGUCGCUUCAAAAUGUAGAAGGACAUAUUGAAUUCCGCGACGUACACUUCCGAUACCCAACGCGUCCAGAGCAACCCGUCCUACGCGGCAUCAACCUCUCCGUAAAACCAGGCCAAUACAUCGCCCUCGUCGGUGCAUCUGGCUGCGGAAAAUCAACCACCAUCGCACUUCUCGAACGCUUCUACGACCCUCUCGUCGGCGGAAUCUACAUCGACGGCAAAGAAAUCUCCAGCCUCAACAUCAACGACUACCGCUCCUACAUUGCCCUCGUCUCCCAAGAACCAACCCUUUACCAAGGCACCAUCCGCGAAAACGUCCUUCUCGGCGCCGACCGCCAAGACGUCCCAGACUCUGCCAUUGAGCACGCUUGCCGCGAAGCCAACAUCUACGAUUUCAUCAUGUCCCUUCCCGACGGCUUCAGCACCGUUGUCGGCUCCAAAGGCUCUAUGCUUUCAGGCGGCCAAAAACAACGUGUCGCCAUCGCCCGCGCCCUCCUUCGCGACCCUAAAGUGCUCCUCCUCGACGAGGCUACCUCGGCGCUCGACUCUGAAUCCGAACAUGUCGUCCAAGCUGCCCUGGAUAAAGCUGCGAAGGGCCGAACUACUAUCGCCGUAGCGCAUCGUCUGAGCACGAUUCAGAAGGCGGAUAUCAUUUAUGUGUUUGAUCAAGGACGGAUCGUGGAGCAGGGGACGCAUAUGGAGUUGAUGUCGAAAGGGGGACGGUAUUCUGAGCUUGUCAAUUUACAGAGUUUGGGGAAGACGGGUUGA